GUGGGAUAUAUUGACUGGCUUGACUGGCUUGCUGGCUGGCUUGCUGGCUGGAUGGAUGGAUGACUAGCCGGAAACCAGCACUGUCUCUGGUUGCUUGAACAGUCUAGUCUCUCCACUGGCCGGCUUCCUGCACAAUCGGUAUACAACCACCUCUCUCCUACUCCCCCCAUCACAACUCACACAUAUCCCUCUCUCCUCCCAAUACACACCAAAACACUUACUAUUCCCGCACACUUUACCACCACAGCAAUGGCCGACGAAAGCUGGCUCUCCCUGUGCACACCAUCCAACAUACCAAUGCCUCCCUUGGAGCGUUACAUCCACCACCUACCUCACCACAUACUCAAGAAGCGAUUGGGACCGCACGAGCUCGGUGUCGGCGGAUAUAUUCCGGACCACUCCACGCUCAAGUAUCGUGACGAAAACGAGGUACUCGCGCUGGAACUCGUCAGGAAUCAUACCAACAUUCCCGUCCCGGAUCUGGUUUAUAUGGGCGCUGACUUCAACGUCUUCACGCGCAUCCCUGGAAUCUGCGUCAACCACCAAGAGAUCUGGGACACGAUAUCUCCGCGGCAGCGCGAAGGCCUCCAGUACCAAAUCCGCUCUUACAUCCGUCAGCUUAGCCACAUCCCCUCCCCCUAUCCAGGGCACGUUCACAGCCCACACCCUUCCGGGAGUAUUUUCCGCCCCUACCAACUCCAGCACUGCGGGCCGUUCCCCUCGACCUCCUCCCUCCUCCUUCACAACCCGCACCUAUCCCCUCUCGUGUCCGCAAGCGCACUACCAGUGUUUGCACACAUGGACUGGGACCUCAGCAACAUCAUCAUCGCGGAGAAUGGCGAUGCCGUCGUUGGCGUUGUCGACUGGGAGCGCGCUGCGUGGUUCCCUGAUGCUGGGAGGGCUAUGCAUAGAUGCGCGCAUCAUUGGGAGGGGUGGGAGGGGUUGUUUGAUACACUCGAGUUUCCGGUGGGGGGGGGAGGGGGGGAGGGAAUGGGGGAAACGGGGGUGGUGGGGGAGGUGGGACAACUGAGGUGGUGGGGAGAGGCGUAUUAUUAG